CAUUUAUUCUAAUUGGUGGGUCAAAAGUGUUGGAAGGCAGAGAUACAGAGUGGCAUCUCCUGCAGGAGUGUCAGCUGUGCAUGGAACCCAGGAUUCUCUGAUAGAAGUCUCUGCUCAUAACUCUGAAUCAGACUGAUGCAGACAACCUUGUUUUUAAUAGCAGUGGAGCCAAACACCACACUUCCUGGAACACUGCUGCUGCACAACAUUCUUCACAAGCAUGUUUUUACAGUGAUACAAAGUUGAACACGAUGCGUUCAUGUGACGGUGUCAUCACGUGUUUACAUGAUCCAAACUGCAGCUCAGUGAAAUGUUAAAGCUUCUUGUGAGUGAACAGGAGGAAACGCAGAGUGGACUGUUCUUUGUCUGCUCCAACUCUUAGUUGGAGCAGACAAAGAACAGUGAACUGCAUUCUGUCCUGACAGUGAACAUGAAACCCUGGAGCUGAGAUGAGGCCUCAUCACUGAGACAUUUGAUCAUUUUACCUGUGAGGAACCGAGCUGAGCCUGGUCCAGUAUGAGCAGUGGUGCUGGACCCGCACAAACCCUUUAGUGAGUCUGAAGCUGUGGGUGGUCGUCUCUCCUCUCUCACCUCCAGCCGGUGGAGGCAGAUGGUCGAACGCCCUGGAGGGUUGAAGGUUGUUUUGUUUUUGAGGUGAACUGGAGUGAGCUGGUUUUUGGGUCACGUAGACCCAGAUGGAGGCGACCCAAACCACAGCGUACAGUAGUUACAUUCAGAGAGGAAGAGGUCGUGUGGCCUAGAUCAGAACUCAUGAUCAGCUCAGUGAUGAGCCGGGUCCUCGUCGGGUCGGCUUCAGUGGAGACAUUGAAACCAAAAGGCCUCAUUUCCAUCAGUGAGUGUUAGUAACUGACUGCUGUGAUUUCCAGCUCAACGUCUGCUCUUCUGGACGUUUCCUCCAGUCAACGAACGUCAGCGCAGAGAAGCUGCAGAUGACUUUCCACAGAAACCACCAGACAAAUGUCAAGCACAGGAAGGAGGACGGUCGGGUUCUGGUUUCUGAAGGCGAGGACACAGUGACUCAGCUCAGAUGGAGGGAACAGGCUCCUGGAGGCUGCUCGUCAUGAGCGCACUGCUGUGCUGCACAAACCAGGCCCGUCUGACUGUGAGUCCCAGCAGCUCUCAGCUCUUUGAACACCAGUUCAUGAAUCUCAGCUGUGAGGACGACGACGGAUCUGCUGCAUGGACGGUGACGAGGAACACGAGCAGAGAAACCAGAGCUGCGUGUGGAGCUGAUUGGGGAAAACUUGAUGCUUUCUUCUGCACCAUCAGCUACAUCCUCCCGUGGGACAGUGGUGUUUACUGGUGCGAGUCCAGCUCUGGCUCCAGCAGCAGCAGCAUCAGCAUCAGUGUCUCAGGUGGAUCCGUGAUCCUGCAGAGCCCUGUCCUCCCUGUGAUGGAGGGACAUGAUGUCACUCUGCACUGUCAAACACAGAGCCCUCCCUCCGAACUCCCAGCUGAUUUCUAUAAAGACGGCUCCCUCAUCAGGACUGAGCCCACGGGUCACAUGACCAUCCACCACGUCACCAAGUCUGAUGAAGGAGUUUAUAAAUGCAGCAUCGAGGCUUCUGGAGAGUCUCCGUCCAGCUGGAUCCAUGUCUCAGACAAACACAGAGCGUCGGUCUGCUUCGAGGAGGUGACUUAUAACGAAGUAAUCAUCAGGCCGAGCAGCAGGAGAGGUGGGCUGCAAACAAACAGAGGGACAGACAGUGGUCCACACACCAUCUUCACAACAUCCCCGCGUUUGUGUCCAGCGCUUCCAGCAGAUCCAGAUGUUGUGUACUCGUCUGUGCGCUCCAGCGACGCGUCCUCACGUCUGUCCACCAUCUGAGGAGCACAGUGUUAUUGAUUUCACUUCUGAUCAGCAAACGUUUAAACCUGUUUGACAUGUUGUUAUUUUAUGUCUGUGAGUUUAACAAACGCUGAUUAGUUCGUCCAAUGACCUUAGUGAUGAGCUUGUGUUCAGCGCUGAUGGAAAUAAAAGCAUUCAAACAGGACUAAGGAAGCGACUCAUAGCUCUGGUUUUAUCUGGUCAAAGUGUUUGUCUCAGACAAGAGGUUCUGGGUUCAAAUCCCAGCGGUGCCUCAGCAUCAGUCACCUGGAAACGUCUGAUGGUUGGUGGAGAACUUUCUCUUUUUAGGAGGAACCUGCUUGGUUCCAUUAUUUGUCCAGACUUUGGCUUUGAACAGACUGUGACAGUGACAACCAGGUGACUGAGGGGUCUGUGGACAGAGCCAACGAACCUAAAGACUUCUUUAACAGAUACACUACAGUGCCUUGAAAUAACUUUGUUGUGAUUUGGCGCUAUAUAAAUAAAAUUGAAUUGAAUUGAAUUGAACAGAUUCCAGGUUGGGCUCCAUCGCACCUACAACCACCUGGACAAGCCUGGCCUCAGUGAGGAUCAUGUUCUUUGAUUUCUCCAGUGCAUUCAACACCAUCCAGCCAAUUGAAGGACAUGCAGGUUGAGCCCCCCCCCCGAUCUCAUGGAUCAUGGACCACCUCACCAACCGCCCCCAGUACGUCCGCCUGCAGCACAGGAGCUCCACAGGGGGCAGUCCUGUCUCCUUCCUCUUCACCCUGUGGACCUCUGACUACAGGUACAACUCACAGUCCUGUGCAGUUGCCCUGCGAGAGUGUAGUUCUGAAAUCUCUCUCUCUGCUUCCCUUAAUAUCUAUAUUGUUGCCAGGGAGUCAAGAUGUGACGUCUUAUCUGCCUAAA